UUGCAACAACAUCAUAAACGUCGCAGCCUGGUCCUUCCUUCGACGAAUGUACGAAUAGUAUCACACCGUAGAACUGAACCCGACGACGCCCAGGCAACCAACCCACUUUUCCCCUCACUUUUUAUCCCCAAAUCGAACAUCGUCUCAGCAUCUUAUCAAAUUGACGGCCCUCACGACAACCAUCUCAAAUCCCAAGUUGGAGCCAAAUCACCACUCACCUACCUUUCAAUAAAUCUUCAAAAUGUCCAAGCUUCUCAACGGUCUGCUUAGGGAGCAACACCACCAAAACCAGCAUGGCCUCGGGCCCGGCUUCGGCCACGGUCAUGGCCAUCCGCACUCCUCCGAGUUCCACGGUCCCAACCGGGACCACAUGAUAAGCGCAAAGGCAGCGACCCUGAUUCUCCGUGGCGUGAUUGCCACCGGCCCCGACCCAUCCUCGGCUUUUCGGACCUCCUCCUCACCCACAUCCGGCGGUCCCAGCCCCACCACAUCCCGGCCCAACACUAGUUCCGGCCACCACCCGACCAGCUCACAACUGUUUGCCCUUUCUUCCCAAAAACAACGCCAUGACCAAUACCGGGUCCAAGCCCAAGGCCAACAACAACAGCAUGCUGCGGCCGAGUACGAGUACGAUGACGACGACGAUCAGUACAACGACGACGACGAAGCACCCACCUCGGCCGAUAGCAGCUUCAGCAGCACCCACGGCAGCGUCGUAGUCGGCGGCGGCAGUUUCUGCAGCAGGGAUUGGUUCGAUGCUCGGCAGCCUUCUGCUGCUGCGGUGGCGGCGGCUACUGCCUCAUUUGCGUCUUCCUCAACGACCACGAGACCGUCGUCGUCGUCCUCGUUGUCGUUGCAGCAGAGCCCGUCUGUUCCUUUUGACGGGGUACCCAGAUCGAUGGUCGCUGCAGGCGUCGGAGGCGUCGGCGGUGUCGGCGGCGGCAGGGAAAGCGUCCGCGGAGUCAUGCACCACCACCAGAUCCACCACCACCACCAACACUCCAAGUCCGUGCCGGUUCUAAUGUCAAUGAAGGAUCAGUACAGUCGGAUGGCCAUGAUGCAGAACGCCCGCAACAAGGGAAGCCGAGGAUAUUUGGAUGUGGUGGAUGACGAGGGAGGUUGUGAAGACGAGCGGGGAUUCGCAAUGCCGAACAGCAAGAGGGCUCGGCGCGGCUGAUUUAAAGCUUUUGCAAAAAGAGAGGGCGGGCAAGGAGGGAAGAAUUCACAGCACAGCGAAAGAGGGAUUCGAAAAACAAAAGCAGGAAAAAAUGCUGCAUGCAGGUGGAUGCGGGUGCGCUCGCUGCACCUGAUCCCACCAAGCCAAGGGAUGGACGACGAACAAGGACACGGGGCAAAUGAACGAAUGUGCAAAACGACCGAACGACUUUUAUGACCCAAAAGAAUUAAUGUAACACGAAAGGGAGAAAGAGGGAACAAAGGAAAUGAUGACAGGGGGGUAUGACAUGAUAUC